UGGUGGAAAGAAGGUGAAUUGUGAUGUAUGUGGAACAUGGGAAACUGGGGAGUUCCGUAACCAGGAGGAGAAAGAAGUAACAACAGCUAGUGGAGACAAAAAGAACUGCUUCUCCCUUCUUCCCCCUCCACGUUUCCAGUGAGAGUUGAGCCCAGCAUCCCAGACUUGUGUGACUAUAUAGGCAAGCUUUCAAAGACUAACUACUUUGGUACCCUAGCCCUCAUGGCUUUCUGAGCAGAUAAUAGGCUUUUAAGUAGCAAAGCUCCCUGCUCUCAGCAAGCCCAACACCAUGGGGAAAGGAGACACCUUGCAGGUAGCACCAACCACCUCAGCCUACCGCUCUGUCAUGGAGGAGUAUGGUUAUGAGGUGGGCAAGGUCAUUGGCAAUGGCUCCUAUGGGAUGGUUUAUGAGGCUUACUACACAAAGCAGAAGGUCACGGUGGCUGUCAAGAUCAUCUCAAAGAAGAAGGCCUCUGAGGAUUAUCUUAACAAGUUCCUGCCCCGUGAGAUACAGGUAAUGAAGAUCCUGCGGCACAAGUACCUCAUCAACUUCUAUCAGGCCAUCGAAACCACAUCCCGAGUAUACAUCAUUCUGGAGCUGGCCGAGGGUGGUGACGUCCUUGAAUGGAUCCAGCGUUACGGGGCUUGCUCUGAGCCCCUUGCUGGCAAGUGGUUCUCCCAGAUGACCCUGGGCAUCGCCUACCUGCACAGCAAGGGCAUCGUGCACCGCCUGACUCCCAGCCUUUCUGCUGCUGGUAGGGACUUAAAGUUGGAGAACCUGUUGCUGGACAAGCGGGAGAACGUGAAGAUAUCGGACUUUGGCUUCGCCAAGAUGGUGACUUCUAACCAGACUGUGCGUAGUAGCGCUUCUUACCGCCAAGUGAACUGCUUUGCCCACCUCAGCCAGACCUACUGUGGCAGCUUUGCUUAUGCCUGCCCGGAGAUCUUGCUGGGCUUGCCCUACAACCCUUUCCUGUCUGACACCUGGAGCAUGGGCAUCAUCCUCUACACUCUAGUGGUCGCCCGGCUGCCCUUUGAUGACACCAAUCUCAAGAAGCUGCUGAAAGAGACGCAAAAGGAGGUCACUUUUCCAUCUAACUACUCCAUCUCCCAGGAGUGCAAGAACCUGGUCCUCCAGACGCUAUGCCAAGCCACCAAGCGUGCCACCAUCCUGGACAUCAUCAAGGAUCCUUGGGUGCUCAAGUUCCAGCCUGAGCAACCCACCCAUGAGAUCAGGCUGCUUGAGGCCAUGUGCAAACCCCCCCGCACUGCUAAUCGGCACCAGUCCUUGGAAAUCAAUACCUAAAAGUGGUUGAAGGAGGGGGUUAAGAGAGGAGUGAAGCAGGAGGGUCUGGGGCUAACAAUCUUUUAUA